GUUCUAAAAGAUGUCUACUAUUGUUUGGUAUAAAAUGAUAUCCUUAUUGAAGAACUUUUCAAAUAUUUGUUAAUUUAUUCGAAACUGUUAUGUGAAUAAUCUUUUACUCUUUAAUGAAUGAAUAAUGGAUAAUGAAAAUGAUUCUACUGGUACUACAGCUGGAUCUCCUGUUUUGGGUAGUAGUACAUUCAAGAGAAAAUUCUUGAAAUCUAGGUGUAAUGGAAAAAGUGCUAAAAUAAAAUUAAGUGAUAAAUUCGAGAACGAAUCAGUGAUUAAUGAUGAAAAUCAAAAAUCCAAUUCUUUUAUCAGGGUUAAGGAAGAGAUCAAUUUGGAUAAACAUGAAUUGAACGCAGAUAAAUUUGAGUCCAAUUCAAAUAUACUUACAAAUAAGGAUCACAAGUUUGUGGGGUUUCAAACUGCUUCUGGAAAACCAUUAUUAAGUAAUGAAAAAAGUUCAGAAUUUGCUAAUAAUUUGAUGGCUGAAAUUUUGAAUCCUUUAAUAAGAACAAAUCGAGAAAAAAAAUAUAGUUUUCUAUCCAAAAAUUCUUCUGAAAAAAAAAUUGAGCCUGCAUCGACAAAAUUUAUAAGAACAUUCAGUUCAUUAGGAUUUGAUGUUGAAGAUUAUAUAUAUUCUACCCAAAUAGAUAGAACUGUAAAAAAUAUAAUUCAAGCAAUUUCUUCUCAAAUACAUAUUUUUUCAUUAAAUGUGGAACAUUCUAAACAUUCAUCAGAUUUUGCAUUUCCAUUGCAAGAACAAAGCAAUUUUCACAAAAAAAGUACUGAAAUUAAAUCUAGUAAUCUUAUUAAAGUAUGUAGCAGAAAUGAUGGUAUAAUAAAAUAUGAAACAUGUAUUGAAUAUGAAAAUAUGAACAUCACCAGUAAAGAUUUUGAGAAAAUAGGAGUUAAAUCAAUUGAUCCAUCACAAAUUGAAUUGACUGGAAAAGAAAUGUUUUCACUGAAGGAAAAAAUAAAUAGUUCUAUAUCCAAUUCCAAUACUAUUGAGAAAACACCUGAGUUCAAUGAACAUCCAAUUUCUCAUAACAAUAAUGAGAAUUUAAAGACAAGGAAAGCUGGAAAUAUUGAUAGUUUUGCUAAGGAUGCUGAACAGAAUUUUGAAACAAUAAAUAAAACUAAAGUACAAAGCACAUCACAAUUCUGUACUGCAAGUGGUCAAGGAAUAAACAUCUGCUCUUCUUCGAUUUCCAAAAUUAAAUCUACCUUUGAGGAUUUCCCAAAUGAUGAAAUUGGUGGUAGCUCAGUUUUCCAAUCAAACACUUUAGACAAUAAGAAAUAUCAUUCAAAUUCAGAGGUACAAACAUCUGAAAUUUCAAAAAUAGAAACUGCAACACCUGGAUUCAGUACUGCUUCAGGAAAAAAAAUUAAAAUUUCCUCAAACAAACUUUCUAAAAUUCACAACGUUUUUAAAGAUAUUACUGAUCUGAAAAUUUCUGAUUUUAUUGCAAAUAUUCCUGAAACUGUAAAUCAUGAAGAGUCAGGAAAAUCGGAUGGAAAUAACUGUAAUACUCCAUCUUUGAGAACUAACAAUACAUCCAAGAACUGUGGAAAUUUCCCUAUAGAAGAUUUAAAAUAUCAAAAGCAGAUAUUCUCCUCAAACCAAGUUGAAAAUGGAAAUUAUGAUAAAAAUAGUUUACAACUAACUGAGUCAUCCACCAAAGACAUUGCUUCAUUAUUUUCAACUGCUUCAGGAAAAACUAUUAAAUUACCUUCUGCUAGUCUUCAAAGAAUCAACAAUAUUUUUAAUGAUAUUCCUGAUUUUAAUGAUUUGAAGACUGAUUGUCCAAUAGACCAUUUCUCAACACCCAGUAGUAUUAAAAUUUCCUCCAUUACCCCAACAAUUAGCGAAACAAAAGAAACAUCGUCCACAGAAGUAGAUAAAUCUACUAAGCCCUCUCUAAAGGAGUCCUUCAAAAGAAAUUAUGAAGAGAAAGAUAAGACACCUCUUAAUAGAGAAAAAAUUGAAUCAGAGACUAACUCAAAAAUUAAUGAAAACAAAGUUGACCUAAAUAAUAUUACCCCUCAAAGAAGUAUACCCAGAAAGAGAAGAUUGGGUGCAGCUUCAUCAAAUGGAAAAAUAUCAGAAGCCGCGCUAAGUAAAGCAAAAUCAUUAUUUGGAGAUAUCAACUUUGAUGAUCUUAAACUUCCAUCUCAUCUCAAAAUUGAAAGUCCUAACUCAUCUAAUACAUUAUAUACACCUAUUAAACCAAUUAAAAUUAAUACCCCAAGAUUUUCAUCAACACCAAUUAGAUUGGUCCAAAAGAAUGAAUCAAUUCUGAACGAUACUCCUCAAGAAAUUAACCAUCCAUAUCUUAUUCAGAAACCUACACCAGGACGUUUGGAAGAUUUUGAAGAGGAAUUGAAUCGACAACAAAAGAUUUUAGAAAAAAAAUUAGAAUUUGUUAUGAGAAAACGGGAAGCAAUAAAAAUGCAGAUACAUGCUCAAACUGCAAAUAAAAGAUUUAAAUUAGACUACCAAGAAAAAAAAAAUAAAAUAAAUCUGAAGGAUGUUAAAAAUUUGGAAAUGCAGUCAGACUAUAAAGAAAACCCAAACAGAAUUAUUUUGCAAGUUAAUCCGCAAAAUGCUGCAUUAAUACAUUUUAAUAAUAAUUGGUAUGAAGUUCCUACAGUAAAAACUGAAGACGGUUGUACACUAGUACCGAAUGCUCAAGGUUUUAUAGGGAUUUCAGAAAUAGAACCAGCUUUUAUUAGCAUGACAGGUAUUCAAAAGGAUUUAAUACCCGAUGGCUGGAUAAAAAAUCAUUAUAGAUGGAUUAUAUGGAAACUAGCUAGCUAUGCACGAUUUUUUCCCGCAACGUUGGGUGGGAGCUUUAGUGUAGACAAUGUGAUAAGACAAUUAAAAUACAGGUAUUUAAAGGAAAUUUAUAACGCAGAGAGGCCAGCAUUGAGGAAAAUAUAUGAGAAGGAUGAUGUUCCACAAAAAAGAAUGAUACUUUGUAUCUCAAAUAUCAUAAAAAAUGGGGAUAAUACAGAAUUAGAAUUAACUGAUGGUUGGUACAGCAUCCGCACAAUAGUUGAUGAUCCGUUAUGUUGUCAAAUUAAAAAGCAGAAAAUUAAAAUAGGGUCUAAGUUGAUUAUUUCAGGAGCUGAAUUAUUGAACUGUGAAGGAUGUCAUCCUUUAGAAAUCGAGCAAGCUCGUAAAGUGCGCCUGAAAAUUUUUUUCAAUUCUACCAGAAGAGCAGCUUGGUUUUCAAAAUUAGGUUACUAUAGAGACCCCUCAGCUCUGCCUAUUAACCUGAGCAGCGCAGUUUGGAAUGGUGGAAAUAUUGGCAGAAUAACAGUUUAUUUAAUGCGAGUUUACCCUGUGAUAUAUCGUGAGAAAAUGCAAGAUUCAGUUUCAUGGAGGAAUCAAAAUGCUGAAUAUAAAAGAAUUCAAGAAUACGAAAAUGAAUGUUUCAAAAAGUACGAAGAAGGAGAUAAUGUAAAUAUUGAAAGGAGGAAUGUAUGUCCUCUGCUACAAAUGACUGUGAUAGAUUUUUCUGAUAAUGUUUCUAAACCUUUCAAAUGUACCAUAUGGGAUUCAACGGAUUUUCACCAAGAACAAUUGAAGGAAAACCAGGUCGUUAAAUUUUAUAACUUGACAUUAAGAUCUAAUGGUGAAUUGAGUUGCAAUAAAAAAUCAUAUUUUGAAGUUCUUAAAUGCCAAGAAAAGAAGUAUGAAAAGUACAGAAGAAAAUGUGUUGAACUAGCAAGUUAUGGAAUAAUGUCCAACCAUGUUGCUUUUGGAGAAUUUGAUACUGUUGGUUUUAUUGUAAGGAUGCAUAUUGAGCAGAAUAGUCAGCAUUUUUGGCUGUCAGAUUUGAAAAAUAACUUUUUACUGGUUAAAAUUGUUGAAGGACCUAAUAAUUGUCUAUUGUUGAAUAAAGUUGAAGAGAACCAGUUGGUUGCUGUUUGUAACUUGAUGUUAAAGGAAAGUAAUCAUACCUACGUUAUAGCUACUGCCAGUUUUCAAACUAUAGUUACACAAUAUCCUCAAUAUAAUUUUCUUAGGGAGAAAAUGGAAGAAUUAGAAAAAAAUAAUAAAGAUACAAUACUCAGCAUACUUGAAGAAAAUAAAAAAAUGGUAGAUAUUUUUGAGAAUGGAAAUAAUUCAGUUCAAACAUCACAUUCUAGUGCAUCAGAUGGAAAUACUUUAAAUUUUUCAAGGGUAACUAGUACAGACACAGCGAUGUCAAUGAUAAACAUCGAUGAAAUUGUUGGUAAAUGUAAAUCGUUACAUUAAUACAUAUUUUUAACAUAGUGUUAUUUGUUGAUAAUAUUUAAUAGGAAGUAACAAUAAAUUGUGAUAUUAUCUAUAUGUAUAAAUAUAUUCUUGUAUGAUA